AUGGGUCCACGCGGCAGUGGAGCGAUGAGGGGCAGAAAUGGCCCUUUUCGUGGACCGAGACAAAGGUCUUUCAACAAUGAUGCACAAUAUGGAUAUGCGCUUGAAGAGCCGAAGAAAGAGGCACCGCCAAAUAAGAAAACCAAAUUCGCGGAGAGCGAAGACGAGGAGGAAGAUGUGAAGCCCAAUUCCCCGAACAAGGCCGUAGGGGGUGAUGAGGAUGGGAAACUCGCGAAUCGCCGUAAAUUCGAGAAUUCUCAUCGAAAACCGUGGAGACUCAUCGUGAGAAAUCUUAACUUCAACACAAAAGUAGCCGAUUUGCAAAAUGCAGCUUCGAAGUUUGGCCCGUUCACCGAGAUUGUACUGCCAAAGUGCAAGGACGAGAGAUAUCCCAACUCUUGUGCGGGUUUUGCCUUCAUUCAGUUCAAAGACCGAGAAACGGCAACGAAAUUUAAAGAGCACUACAAUCAAAAUCCGCUCAACAAUCGACCGAUUGCCGUGGAUUUCGCGCUGGAUAAGGACACUUAUGCGACUUCAACUUUUGAAGAACGAAAGAACAUGAAGACGAAGGUGAAAGAUGAAGAAAAUGAAGAUCAGAGGAAAAAUGUGAAAAAACAGGAGAAGAGUGAACCCGUCGAUGAAGAAGAAUCGGAUGAAACGAUUGAGGAAAGCGAAGAUGAAGAUGAGUCGAUGGAUGAUGAAGAUGAAGACGAGGGAAAAAGUGAUGAAGAGUCGCCGAAGAAAGGAACAUUUCCGAAGAAACCCCGAAAAGAGGACACAGCUAUUGCCGAAGGGCGAGUGCUGUUUGUGAGAAACCUCUCUUUUGACACGGUUGAGGAAUCACUGGAAAAGGAGAUGGUGAAAUUCGGAGAGGUGAAGCUGGUGAUCAUCUGCAAAUUCGCUGACUCGGGUCACUCAAAGGGAACGGCUUUUGUCCAUUUUUCGGCAAAAGAAGAAGCGGACAAAUGCUUGCGCGCAUUGAUGGGUGGAACGAUUACGAUUGAUGGACGGACGCUCGGCGGAUUUGUGGCGAUACCGCGGGGAGAUGCGCAGAAGAUUGAGAAAGAACAUCUGACAAAGGCACCAAAAGACAAAAGGAAUUUGCACCUCCUGCGUGCUGGAUGGAUUCGUGAGGGCACCUCGGCGGCAGCUGGAAUGAGUGAAAAAGAUGCGCAAAAACGGGUGCAACUUACUGCGGCCGCCAAGAAGAAACUCGAGAAUUUGCAUCAUUUCGUAUCGCCGACUCGCCUCGUUGUGCACAAUUUACCCAUGCAUGUCGAUGAUAAAGGACUCAAGAAAUUAUGCCAAAAUGCAGCCGGUCGAGUGGAGGCGAUGGUUAUCGAGUGUCGCAUUUGGAGGGAUAUGGGCAAAUUGGACUCAAAUGGGAAACCGAAAUCUCGAGGGUUUGGCUUUGUGGCCUUUAGUGAACACGUCGAUGCGUUGGCUUGUUUGAAUAAACUCAACAACAACCCAAAAAUCUUCACAAAUGACCGACGCCCAAUUGUCGAGUUCUCGAUUGAAAAUUUGGAGGCGGUGAAGAUCAAGGAACGCAGAAAGUUGAAGUCCGACUUGGGCAGGAAAGUCAACGAGAAAGAGCUACAGGCUCAUAUCAAGACACAGGUUGAUCAGUCGAAGAAGGCGUUUAGCAAAGGCGGUCAGAAGCCAAUUCCGAAAUUCUUGGGACCAAAAAUGCGACAUCGGGAUCAGACGAAGAAAGGCGCGACAAAGAAAUCGGCUGGAAAGAAGAAAAAGAAAGAGCCAACCGUUGGGGGCGGAGAUUCGGCAGUGAAGAGGGCAAAGAAAAAGACAAACAAGAAAGAGGUCACAAAGUAUUUAGCGUUCGACGUGCAAAUCGUAGUAAACGGAAUGCUCCAGGUUGGGAAUAUCAUUCGAAAUGCAGUCUUCCGAGGUCUUCACGUCUCCGCAUCCACAUCGCAAAUGUCGCAACAUUUCUACGAUUUUCAAGUCAAGGAUUCGCAGGGAAAUCCGGUGAAGCUUGGCGAUAAGUACAGAGGCAAGGUGGUCAUCGUGGUGAAUGUCGCUUCCGAAUGUGGGCUGACCAAUGCGAACUACACUCAACUCAAAGAGGCGCUCGACAAGUAUCACAAUCAAGGACUUGAAGUUGCCGCUUUCCCUUGCAAUCAAUUUGGAGGACAGGAACCAAAAUGCGAGCUCGACAUCAAGAAUUUCGUCGCCAACAAGUUUGCGUUUGAGCCAGAUCUCUUUGGCAAAGUGAACGUCAAUGGAAACGACGCUGAUCCAUUGUGGAAAUUCUUGAAGAAGGAACAGGGUGGUACUCUCAUUGAUGCUAUCAAAUGGAACUUCACGAAAUUCCUUGUGGAUCGUGAGGGAAAUAUCAUCAAGCGUUAUGCCCCCACUCACGAGCCAAAGGAUAUGGUCAAGGAUAUCGAGAAGGCCCUCUCAACUCCCGCGGGAACAAAGCUU